CACGGGGCGAGCCUUUCGACUCAGUUUUAACGCGCACGUUUUAUGAAACGACAACUAUGCGUCGAUGUUCGCUCGCUGCCGAUAAUUAUUCAUAUCGGUAUCGCUUUUAGCCACAAAAAUAGUAACGCGGUAAACAAAUUCGCGAUUUUAUUGCCGGCUCCGACAAUAAUCGUUUUUAUUAAUAAUUUUUUUUGCCUCACUCGCAUGUCGCUCGCCGGUGUCUCCGCGAAUCUUAAUAGCAGUUAAUCAUAGUUUAUUUUUACCGCGCAACGUGUGCUAAUAAUUGUGUUGGGGCCUCGCCGUGUUUCUUUUAUUUUGUUUUAGUAGUUAGUUGAAUCGCGCAUCGUGUUCCGCGGAAGUUCGUUUAAAAAUGUAAGGUGACUUAGCAUGGGAUUUGGUUUGUUUACAAGGAUCCAAUUAAAAAGAUAACGCCUGUAAUCGUCGUUCAUAAACGUGUUAUAAUUAGAUUUGACAGUUCGCGAGUUUCGAAAAGUUUCAAAAAUCGAACCGAGAUUUGGCGGGAACACUUGCGGGAGGUGCUAACCAAGGAGUUUAGAUUGGACCGAAAGUUUUGAAAAGUGUUGAGCACACAUCAGAUGCGGCGAGUGUUUUUUCAACGCGUUUUCGAGGCUAAGCGCUAGUUGUUUGAACAAGUGUGUUUUCUAAUGGAUUUAUUUUGAGAUUGUAUUCAAAACAUCAGAAGGCGCAGCGCUUCAGUCAUUUCACGGGCUUAGGCGAGGGGUACCGCAAGGCGCUGGUCUUGGGCACAUAUUAUUUAUAAUAUUUAUUGACAGUUUAAGUGAAGUGAGAUAAGAGCUGAUAUAAUCUGUGAUUCCUGGAUGUGUCUCCAACGGGACGACGAUGAUGGUAACUACAUAGAUGUAGCGAGACCAAUGGUGCAAUUACCAGUCCUGGGUCCGGAGCCGGUACUGAACUCAAGCACGGGUGGGACAGCCAAACCGCCGCCACUCAACUCAUUCGAGCUGGACCGCUGCUUAGACAGGGAGGAGACCGGCAGGUGGGGAGGGGACGCACGGCGUCGCAGGCGCAGCUCGCCGCCGCGACGCUCCCCGCCACCCAGCAAUGAGCCGCUCUCACUUGCACGUGCAUCAGCCCCACCCUCCCCAGCUGGAGGUUCGGCACAGUCCAGUCCAGCACCAGUUUCCCCAGCUGGGAGCAGCAGCGCGCCUCCACGUUCUCCUCUCCCACUAGUGGCUCCAGAUCUACUUGCAAUGCAGCUGUUAGACCAGCAUUCGCAGCUGCAGGCGUUGAUGAAGCAACGGCUGUUUCACCAGCACCACAUGCAGAAGCAGCACAUGUCGUCUGAAGCUGCUAAACGGCAACUAGAGCAGUCUCGACUGCAGGACCAGAUCAAUCUGAAUUUGCUCUCACAGUCGCAUUUGCAGCCACCGGACAGUUCUCCAGGCUCUCUACAACAGCAACUUGGUGCUCAACAGCAGCAGCUAGUUCAGCAGCUACAGGCGGUGCAGCGGCAGUAUUUAAUGCACGCGCCUCUUUCUGUUCCACCUAAUGCUCCUCCAGGAUUAAUGCUCUGGGGUAGUGAAAUAGAGGAACAUCCGCUAUUCGGGCGUGGUGUCUGUAAAUGGCCUGGCUGUGAUGCUCUGGCUGAAGACUUUCAGGCCUUCCUCAAGCACCUGGAGGGCGCGCACACGCUGGACGACCGCUCGGCGGCGCAGGCGCGCGUGCAGAUGCAGGUGGUGGCGCAGCUCGAGCUGCAGCUGCGGCGCGAGCGCGACCGCCUCGCCGCCAUGAUGCGCCACCUGCACGCCGCGCGCGACUCGCACCACGCCAAGCUGCCGCACGGUCCAGCCAGCGAAGGCGCUUCUCCCGGUCCGGUCAGACGUCGCGUUUCCGACAAAUCCGGAGUCGCUAUAGCUGGAGGUCUACCCUAUAUGCUCGAAAGAGCUGGAUUAGACGUCCAACAAGAAAUUCAACGCAAUCGCGAAUUCUACAAGACAGCUGACGUUCGGCCGCCGUUUACAUACGCAUCGUUAAUUCGACAGGCCAUUAUAGAAUCUCCCGACAAGCAGCUGACUCUGAACGAGAUCUACAACUGGUUCCAGUCGACAUUCUGCUACUUCAGACGCAACGCCGCCACUUGGAAGAACGCGGUCCGUCACAACCUGUCGCUGCAUAAGUGCUUCAUGCGCGUCGAGAACGUGAAGGGCGCGGUGUGGACCGUGGACGAGGUCGAGUUCUACAAGCGCCGCCCGCAGCGCGCCGCGCACGCGCCGCCGCCGCUGCACGGGUUCAUGGGAGCUCAAAGUCCACCGAUGAUGACGAGCCCUCACAGUUACAAUGAAGCUCUAAAGCGAAAUCUUCAGGGCAUGAUGGAAGAUUGCAACCUGUCGUACAUGUCCGGAGAUGACCAUAUGAUGCAAAGCGAAGAGUAUCCGUCUUCACAUGAUGAUUACAGUCGGCCACCGAUUAUGAACGGAUACGGUAACAGCAGUUCGUCUCACGACGUGAAAGCAGAGGACCUAAGCGCCAACGAGGCUCAGGAUAUCAAACCAAACUUGUAUGCUCUCAAGAAUGAGAUGCAGGCUUCCGAUUAUUCUAACAAAGGAGAUUACCAGAAUUCCAACAAAGAAUCGUCGAGCAAUCGCUCCAGCGAGACUAGUCCUUACGACGACUAUCCGCGCUCUGAGGACCGAUACCGGCCCUCCAUGUCACACAUCAAGGACGAAGCCGAGAACCUCUCCCUGAACGAACAAAGAUCUGACAAAUAAACUAAAAGAGCAAAGCGACUUACAAGUAAGUCUCGAUAAACUAAACAAAGAAUUUGUAAGAGGCUGAAAUAAAUAAAAUGAUAAUAUCUAUCGGGAUCGAUCGAUAUUAUGACCCGUGCUAACAUCUUAAGUGAUAUUAUUUUAAUUUAAACGGUAUAAUAUUCGACCGCGAUGUGAAUACCGACCGCGUUCAGAACCGAACGUUCUGUCUGCGUUCGGAAUUCUGAACGAACUGACGGCGACGAGAGGAAGUUGUGAACUGAAUUUAUAGCAAUACGAAGUGAUUCUUGUGGUUAUUACAAUACGGACGUUUUUCGCGUAAUCGAUAGUGUAGAGUAGCGAGUAAUAUCACAGUAUGUAAUACGAUUUAUAUUUACGGGUUUAGCUCUAUUUCAAGUUAGCGGACGGUGUUUUAAUGUGUUCACAGUUGGAUUUUUUAUAAUUAAAAUUAUAAAACGUUUUUAGGAAUAACCAAAUAUAUUUUGUUUUUCAGUUUUAUUAUUAUUUGCCCGGUUUUAACGGGAACUUCGAAGUAUUAUAGUUUUAAUGUUCUAUUUUUACGUUUUUUAUUUUUUAAUUUUUAUUAAGAUUAAAAUACAUAGCUAAAGUUAAAUAUUUCGAAUUGUUAGAGAUUAGUUUAAGUGUUAGGUGUAAUGUUGGAUAAUCAAUCAACGAUAGUUAACCUUAAAAGGUCCAUAUCAAUAUUUAAAAUUGUAUAAUCAUUAUUUGUAAUAAACAAAUGUGAACAAUAAGUAGUGAUAUCGAUCUGUCGUAGAAUUAAUUCGUACAUAAAAUAAAAAUACGCAUAGCGUUUUCGUUCGAAUUCCAUUCCUUGUUAGUUAUUAUUUUGUUACUGUGGUACGAUAUUGUAUACUACAUCUCAUUAAGUACUCUAUGUAAACAAAUGCACGCAAUCGAAUUUUAAUCGAUUUCGAAUAAUCGAUUUGUUAACUGUAUUGGGAUUUUGUCUUUCGAUGCGAACCGAUCGAAGUGGAUGAUACUUCGAGUGUUAAUGAUAUAAAUACUCUUUUGAUAUAAAUCUUCAUUCUGAAUUUGGACAGACACUAAAUUUUCACGUGGGUUUUUCGACGGUAAAGGACAACAUUAUGAGGAAACUGGUAUGCAAGAAAUUCUAUCACAUAAGUUCGAAAACUUAUCUUUAAAAAAAAAGAUCUUUGUAUGUUACUUAAAAUUUAUUUAAAAAAAAUAUAGAAUCGAAGUUAUUGUUAACUUAAAUUAUUUAAGUGAUUGAAACAAUAUCAAUCAUUAUCUCAAAUUAUAAAUCGAAAAAGAACAAGUUUAUAAAAUAUAAACACACUAGUUGUCGCCAGCGGUUUUGCUCACGUCGUAGGGAUUGGUCGUCAGUUGUAAGAAUAAUCCUUAGAGUUCAAGAUUGCUCCAUAUAAAAUUUCAUCAAAUUCGGUUAAUUGGUUUGGUCGUUAAUGAGCACACAAGCAAACAGACAAAUUUACUACCACAUUCAUAAUAUUAGUUUGAAUAACAUCAACAAAAGAUACAGAAGGAAUCGACCACAGACUAAAUAAAAACGUGUUUUAAACAUUUGGUAUGUCAAGAAGGUUAUAAGUGCUGUUCAUGUUACGUACAAUUGUUUACAUUUUGUACUUGUAAUAAAAUGGAUAUGAUGUAAAAGCAUGUUAUAGUUUCUACUUAAAGCUGACAAGGACAAGAAAUUGUCGGAGAUCUCAAUGGUUAUUUUUUUUUAAUCAACCAGAUUUGCUUUUAUAGUUACACGUAAGUACGAAAGUAUACGGAAUUGAUUUAUUUAUGAUCUGAUAUAUAUAUUUUUUUAUUUUUUUUUAGGUAUUUCAAAUAGUGUGCCAUAGGUUUAAUGAUGGUACUUUAUUUUUUUUUUUUUUUAAUUGUGAUCAAAUGGAAUUGUUUUCGCGCUGUAAAUAUUUAUCAUUAUCGUCAUUAUCAAAUGUAAAUUGUUUAAGGAAUUAAAAUUCUAGGCUUAUGUAAACAUUCACUUAAAAUGCAUAUUAAAUCGUUCAUGUUGUAGGAAAUUUAGAAAAAAAAAAUACUUAGUAGUUAAAUUUUCACUAUAAUAGAUAACAGAUUCUGAAUGUUGAUUUAUUUGAUUAUGAAAAAUUAACGAUUAAUUAAUUCAGAAUUUUUAGUGUUUCAAAAUAUUCUUGUAAGCAUUUAUUAAAAUAAUAGUCAAUAGAAAUCGAACGUGUUAUUCCAAAUAAUUAUAAAAGGGUAAAAAUAAUCAUAUCACAAUUAUGUAUUGUAGAGACUUAAAUAUCUGGUGGAUGGCGGGCUAUAUUCAAAUUUGCAUUUAAAUAACUUAGAAAUAAUCAGUGGAGCUGAAUAUCUGAAUCACUGUUCAUUUGAGUUGUAUUUUGAAGUGAAUCUUCUUUGAACGCGAUCAGAGUUUAGAGAUUUGAAUUUCGUACAUUAAUGAAAUGUUUGAACGAAACGUGUCUGACGCAAAGAGGUUUCACUUCUGCCACGUGCACGCGCUUUAAUUUAUUUUUAAUUUCUACCAAUUGUAUUUUUUCGUUUUUUUUUUUAGUCACAUACGCAAACUUUUUUUAAAGGAACGAAUAUGAGAAUCGGUCCAUAAUUAGUUCUUAUUAAAAUCGGGCAUAGCUUAUUGUAAAACCAAUUAUUUAAUAACUACCUACUUAAAUAUAUUUUUUCUUUUGAUUUUCUAUAAUUUAAGUCAAUUUUUAGUAACAUUUAUAUACUUAGAUAAGUGAAAAUGAUGUUACUUAAACUUAAAUAAUUUACAAUAAGCUAUGCAACGAGUGUGUACUUCUAAAGCAGCAACAAUAUUAUUUCCACUUACGAUUAGAAUCAAGUGAUUUAUUUGAAUAUAUAUAAUAAUGGCGCCCGACGUGGGACACUAAAUUACAUUUAUUAAACAUUGUAAAUUAUACUUAAUUAGUGUUGUAUUAAACCAAAUCAUUACAAAUAA